GGUGGUAGCGGCGGCAGUGGUGGUAUGAAACCAUUGCGGAUCGAGGACGGUACCAAACAGUUGAACGUGAUCGACGACAAUGGCAGAUACCAUUACGGUGGCCAUUACAACGGUUACUCGCUGCGCCGGACCGGCUCCAGGGAUUUUCAGAAUUCGUUGGAGAGGAUGAGAAGCGAUUCCAGAAUGCACUGCGACUCGAGGACGCAGAACGGUGCCGAUUCGAAGUUUAACGCGAGAAUGCAAAACGACUCGAGCUUCGAUUCCAGGACGCAAGACGGUGACUCGAAAUUUGAUACCAGAGGAGCGCACAGCGACGGUAGCUUCGACUCGAAGUUCGAUUCCAGCAGAGUUCAUGGUGACUCGAAGAGCGACUCGAGUUUUGAGUCCAGAAUAGUUCACGGCGACUCGAAAUUCGGUUCGAGAUCGCAGAGCGUCGACUCCCGCGUGCAGACCGAUUCGAAGUUCGGUUCCCGAAUCCAUAACAACGAUUCCAGCUUGGAUCUGAAAACGCCGAAUCAUUCUAGGACUCCGAACAACGAUUCUAGUUUCAAUUUACGUACGUCGUCGGCCGAUUCGCGAAUACCGAGCAAUGACGAAUCGAGCUUUGAGCUGAGGAACCAAAACGACGGCAGCUUCGAUCCGAGGAGCCAGAACGAAGUCGGCCACCAUAACGAUCAUCAGCCGCCGCCGCUGCCCUCGAGGCACGCGAACUAUCCGACCCUGCCUAUGAACGGUCACAUAAGUCAUCAGUAUCACCACCAUCAUCAUUUCGCCAGGGACAAAGAGAGAUUGUCGAGGGAGAGAAGCAGGGACAGGGUGGACAAGCACAGGGAGAGACAGAUGGAGAUGGAGAUGAGGGAUGGGGUUGAUAUCGGCCAGAUUGGGACGUAUCGGGCGUAAUGCGAGCCGACGGGGCUGGAAUUGAAAUGGAAACGCGAGCGUGAGAAUCGUAAACGGAAACGGAAUUCGAGAGGAAAAAGCGAAACGAGAGGAGAAAUGGGCAGAAAAAUUGCGAGCAGCUGUAAAAAUUGUGCAAGGAACGAAAGAGAAUAGAAGACUGAGUGAGCUCGAACGCAAAACGAGAUUCAAAACCGUAUAUCCGUUUGCUCUCCCUGGACAAAUUGAAACAUUAGAACGGAGCGAGUCGUCGAGUCUUCGAGUCUUUAAGUGCCAGCACGAAGCGAAUGAGAAAAUUGUGAGGUUCGGUAGGUGAUAUUGGAAAAUCAAAAGACUGAGUUUACGUAGAGUCAGGGGACAGGGUUUUUAAAGACGGGUUCUUAACGAAAUUGGACGGCGACGGUGAACGAGAAACAAUGAAACGUUGAAAGGAUCGGGUUAAUAAAAAUCGGGAUAAAGGAAAGAAUCUAUACAUAUAGCGAACCAUGGCUAAUCAAGACUGAGCUUGGACAUUCGUGCGGGGAGAAGGGAGUUGAGGGAUCGUUCUAAUUCGAUUAUUAUUUAAAAGAAAAACAUGCUUAGGAACUUUUGUGCAAGAUGAAAAUGAAGGGGAGUGCGAAUAGAAGACGUUAGGUACGUUUCGAGUCGAACUGUGAGGAUCGUGGAAAUUGCAUAAGAGUAAAAUCGUGAUCGAAUAUAGAAGACUGAGUUCGACGAUAGAACGAAGGACUAUUAGCGACGGUGCACGAGGUGACUGUGUUCGUAAAGGAAAAUAAAAGACAGUAGGUAACGAAAUCAGUAACAGGAUAGAGUGUGAGUAACGAGUGAAUUGAAUCUUGAAAACUUUAUCGAUCGUAUCGUUUCUCGAUGGAGACGAACUGUUGAAAAAAAGUUGUAAAAAUCGAAUACCGAUACGACUAUUAUUGAUAAUAUUCAAUAAGUUCGAUAACCUUCUGCGAAUAAGUAAUAAUAAUAAAAAAAGGGGGGGAAUUAAUAGAGCGACUGAAUCGGUGUGAAAAUUAAUGAAACGGAGCGCGGAUACACCGGGAUAAAUAAAAUCGUGAUGGAAUUGAAUCGGGAGUUACAUAAAUCAAAUUGAAGACUGAUUACGAUGGAACUCGGUAUACACGUUAACAAAAUACCUAAAACGCGUGUAUCGCGAACGGUGAUUAACCGAUACACGUGUACAUUCCCACUGUCUAUCAACCAGUGUUCGCUCAAAUCCGUGUUUCAAACACUACCAAUGAUUUUAGACAUUUUUUUAUAAGAUCUUAAAGUUUUAAUAUCAAACUUUGUGUUCAAAUUCCCCGUGUAACAUUUCCAACAGAAAAUUAGUAUUAAUUGGAAUUAAUUAUUGCAAAUAGGAGAAGGUAAAAAAUUAUUUUAACGCUCGACGAAACUGUUGAAACAAAAGCGUAUCGAUACCCGCAUUCUACGUACAUAAAAUAAAACACUUACGAUUAGGUACUUACCUUUAGGAUGAUAAAAUCGAAGUCUAAAGAAAAGGCUAUAGGUAUACGAUCAAAACUAAUGUUAUUCAAGUGCGCAUUGCCUUUCGUUUAAGAAAUUUAAGUGUUCAAUACAUUUCUUAUAAGAUUCGCGAACGGUGGCAUUGCGGCAGAUUAUCUAAGGACAAGCAAAUAUACUAGGAUGGAUUCAUAAAAUUUAAUUUGAAACGAAGUCGAUGCCAAGACAUUCGCACAAAUUGUUUAAAAAUAUAAGGAAGACAGUUCCAAUGCCAAAAUUGUUGGCCCCUCGCGUCCCGAGGCAGAUCAGACUCGAAGUAAGUCUAAGUAGUUCGGGUCUCCCGAGGACCGCCGGACGACGCGUAAGUAGUGCGAGCCAGCCAUUAGUCGGACAUCCUAGAGACAAAUACUAUUAAGCGCAAAAUUGAUCAUUUUCUUCCACUCGCGGUUUUUGGAUUUCGUUCAAAAUUGAAUAUUCAUUAUAUUUACGGGCCGAGUUUAAGUGAUCGCUUCGUUGAAUUUAAACGAAACAAAAAAUUACCGGAAGAUUAACUGUGACAAAUUGAGGGGCGUAAAGGGCUGAACGAUACUACCUAUAUUUAUGCCGGUCAUUCUUCUUUUGUAAUUUUUUACAAUAAUUAUACAGCUGUACGUAUACUACUUACAUUAUUUGAACAGAAAUCUGUUUUAUACCGUUUGUCACGAUUUGUAAAUUGAAGUAAUUCGUUUCUACGUUCGAUCUCGAACGUGCGUUGACAAAAUCACGAGAAGAUGUUGACGUCGAUUUCUAUGUCGGUGUCAGAAAAGCAUUAACGAGAAAUCUGUGUACAGAGUGGUACACGGAGUAGAGAAAGAGAGGAAACCGUUGGAAACGUGUUCGAAACUUAUAUCCUAUACGAUUCUAAUUCGACGUUCGAAUUAAAAUUCGAAUAAUUAAUUUACGAUUAGCGAGUAAGUCACCACUAGAUAUACGAUAUCAGAUAUUAUUUUUUAAGCGAGGUAACUCCGCUUGUUUGGACGCAGUGGUAAUGUAAAAAACUUCGUUGACACGUUCUUAACAACACGAAGGUUGAGAAGAUCACCUAAUUUUUAUCGGAUUCGUGACUGGAUCAUCGAAGAGGUAUUGGGAAAAGAGUUAACCCAUUGACUGGCAAAUGUAUUUUUUGUUUCCCCUAAAAGGAAUGCAUCAAAUAAGAUAAUGAACGAGGCAACAGUUUUUUCUAUCCCCAGUCAAAAGAAAGAGCGAUCAAAAGAAAACCGUUCGUCAAACAAUUUAAUUGAAAGAGGGGAACCAUAAUGAAUCACAUAUUUCUUUACUCUCUGAACGAUUGCCGGUUAACGGGUUGCUUAUAGUGUAAUUAACCGAUUGUAAUUAAAUAAAGAAAUUAACUGUGUAAA